AUGACUGCCAUUAUGCUCGCCAACAAAUUAUUCACGGUUCCCCAGUGGUACUUUUUAAUACUAUUUUCUUUCGCGAUUUUUGCUGCAAGUCACGCCCUGCCUACCCACAGUCUAUCACCCAGGGCUAACCCAAGUAGCACAGUGCCUCCGACGGGCGCACUGAUUGUCCGACAAAAAAAUCCCCUACCGGGUGAACAUCCCACGAUUCCUGAUGCUAUUAGGGCUCUUCGAGGUACUAAGGGCCCCCAAACUAUCUUCGUAUACCCAGGCAGCUAUAACCUGGGAGUCUACAUACGUUACGGAUAUCCUUUGACCAUUCAAGGUUACACCGCAGCCCCGGGAACUUAUGCACAAAACCAGGUGACGGUGAGUGUGGCUACGGGUCGAGCUGAGACAGGUGGAGAUCCUCAAAGCUCAGCAAUAUGGGUUCAACAAAAUGACUUUAAAAUGUCGAACAUUAAUGUGGUGAAUUCUUAUGGUACGGGUACGAAUACUCAGGCGGUGGCGGUGACCGCCCAGGGAGAACGUCAUGUGUAUUCAAUGUGUAGCUUCAGCAGCUACCAGGAUACUCUGUAUGUCAAAUCACCCUCCGCCUAUUUCAUUGGAUGUAAUAUUGAGGGUGCAGUCGAUUUCAUCUUUGGGGGUGGGACCGGAUGGUUUGAAAAAGCAAAUAUUGUGGUUAAGCCACCGCGGAGCUUUGCGACAAUCACGGCCCAUAAAAGAGCUCAAGCGAGUAGCACUUCAAAAUUUGUCUUCAAUCUCUCGAAUGUUAUCGGAGCACCCGGAGCAAAACCGGGAUCAGCUUUCUUGGGCCGGCCCUGGUCUGCAUAUGCAGCGGUCACUUUCCAGUUUUGCUCACUUUCGGACGUCGUAAACCCAGCCGGGUGGGCUGCUUGGAAUCCACCACAAGACACUAGAACCCAAUCCGUACAAUUUUACGAAUUUGCAAAUAAGGGACCCGGUAGUCAAGGACUACGUUCAUUUGGGAAGAGUCCAGUGCAACCAGCGAAAAUUGAACAAGUUUUGGGGGUGAACUAUGCUUCCUGGGCUUUGUGA